GGAAAAUCCGCCCAUGCAGCCAACAGGUGCUCGCACUAGCUCCGAGCUAGACGCAAUAACUCAAUCGGACAGACAUGAGGCUGCAGUGAGACGCAUAGAAGCAAUGAUGACCAGCAAAUGCUGUAAACCUUACAUUCCACAACAACGCCCUCUUGGCCCAGGGCUGCAUGAGAUACAAUUCCAUGAAUUGAUGAGAAACUUUCCAGGUGUAAAAUCAGAGUUCAGGUUUCUACCCAACAACGCAGACUUUGAUUUCCUAGUAUACAGGCCCACAAACGAAAAGAAUAAGGUGAAGCUUCUUGCAGGCACGUCUGGAGGCUGGGAUCCAAAGGAAGAGGUGUUUGCCGAGAUUAACAAGUUUCUCAUUACUUUGGUACAACCACUCGAUAGACCUCCCAGAAGCACUAACAAGAUUGCUGAGUUGCACUUCUUCGCACGAAAGGAGGGCUGGCAUGUACAGUGGUUCGUAAUUACCACAGAAAGGCCAUAUAGUCAUCAGCUCAAGCUCACAGAGCCAAAUGGCAAAACGUAUACAACAGCAGUCGAAUGUUCUGAAUCCGGAGCAUGGCAUGAUGCAAGGAAGUAUUUCUUGCAGAAAUGUAAGAAAAAUUACGAAUUUACAUGGGAUAAAGACAUAGCGUUCGGUCAGGAAGAGACUGCAAGAGCAAUGAGAGAUAUGGAAAUUGUACACACUCCUCGAGGC